GGUUUCAAACGAGGAGCCUCUGGUCUGAGGGAGUAGCUAGCCGGAUAGUUACUUUUUUAAUCGGAGGAGAUUUGUUGUUUCUGCUUCGUUUAAGCCGACCGAAGUGUUAUUUAAGAAGAGGAGUUACUUUCACAGUAUCAAAUCCACGAUGAAUCCUGAAUAUGACUAUUUAUUCAAGCUGCUCUUGAUUGGGGACUCCGGUGUUGGAAAGUCUUGUCUUCUCCUCCGAUUUGCAGAUGACACAUACACAGAAAGCUACAUUAGCACUAUUGGUGUGGACUUCAAAAUAAGAACUAUAGAAUUAGAUGGAAAGACCAUCAAACUUCAAAUCUGGGACACAGCAGGGCAGGAGAGGUUUCGCACAAUCACGUCGAGCUACUAUAGAGGAGCACACGGCAUUAUUGUAGUCUACGAUGUUACAGACCAGGAGUCCUUCAAUAAUGUUAAACAGUGGCUACAGGAAAUAGAUCGCUAUGCCAGUGAAAAUGUAAACAAGUUAUUGGUGGGCAACAAGUGUGACUUGACAACAAAAAAAGUGGUGGACUACACAACGGCAAAGGAAUUUGCUGACUCCCUUGGAAUCCCUUUCCUGGAAACUAGUGCUAAGAACGCCACCAAUGUGGAACAGGCCUUCAUGACCAUGGCUGCUGAGAUCAAGAAGCGAAUGGGACCUGGAGCAACAGCUGGAGGCACGGAGAAGUCCAACGUGAAGAUUCAGAGCACUCCCGUGAAGCCUGCGUCUGGGGGCUGCUGCUGAGGGCGCCAUGCUCCUCUACCAAAAAGUCCCAGAAACCCAAGCAACAAGGCCCAACAAUACCAGAGAAACAGAACUAGACCACUUAUUUCCACAGAGACAAGGGUGAGAUCAAGAGACAGGAAACAACUUAAGUUGCCUAAAUUGUACUGUAUGUAGCCGCACUACCAACAAAACCAUAGAAGAAUCUUCAACCUUCCCGGCUCCCCCCCUUUUAAACAUGUUAACAGGUCAGAUAUUUGGUAAUGGUCUGGGGCUGCAUUGAACCACCCCUACAUCUCCCCCCCUCCCCGGCCCCAGGCAAGACAGAAUUCAUUUUCACACAACUGUGUGUCUGUGUGCAGGUUUCUAAGGAAUAUUGUGUGUAUUUCUCACUGCAUUUCACUGCAUUCCUACUGCAGGGCUACUGUGGUCAAAAUACAAUGACUCCUUUUUUUUUUUUUUUUUUUCCUUUCCUUUUGGUUUCUUAUAUUUUCUGUGUUGAUUAUUUUACUGUUAAUAUCAGCAUGUGUAGGUUUUUGUCCCCAUAUACGGUGAUUUGCCAAUCUGCAUUUUAACCAACUGCACAACAGUGGCUGUCCAAUGUCAAAAAGUCUAGUGAAAUAUAUGUACAUAUACAUUAUGUAUAUAUAUGUAAGAUCGAAUUGCCAGUUCUGUAGAAAUAAAGACAUUAUCGAAGUAGUUUUACUUUUAAAUCUUUUGUAUUUACUUUGUGGCUUGUACUUUUGUCGCGCUACAUGUAACAUUUAACAAACAAGUAAAAAUAAAUAUUGUACCACCACACUGUACAAUAUCAGAUAUGUUUGCAAUUCUUGAUAGAACAUGGAGACCAUGUAUGUGUUCUGAUUAUUUAUUCAACAUUUAUAUGGGAAAAGAUAACUGUUCCUAAUGUAAUCUAAAAUCAGUUUCAAGUUAGCCAUUACCUGUGGAAUAUCUUGCAAGUGGCCCAACUGCAUAUAUAUAAAACACUAUGUUCUCAUUUUUCAUAAUAAAGACAACUGAAGUCCGCUUUGAA